AUGACGUACUCCUCCAUGUAUUGUGGCCGCGCUAUGGUCAUCCUGAUCCUUCCAGUGUUCGCUGAAGUCCCAGAUGUGGCGACAGUGGACGGUGUUGAUACCAAGAAAGUGCCAGGAUGCUACCUGCGAGAUGCGAGGUAUCUCUUAACGCACCUGGACCAUGUUACCAAUCCCAUUGAGAACGUCUUCGACUUUUUGGAGUGCCAAAUGCUUUGCUCAAAGACAGCAGGCUGUGGUCGUUUCGUUUAUUCGCCCUCGGAGUUGUUCUGCUAUCUGGGUGCUGGAGAUCAAGGAGUUGUAGAUGCCAAGGGGGCAGUGUCUGGACCAGCUGUUUGCCCGGAGGACCCCGCAGCCUGCCAUCAGCUCCCUACGGCUCCGUUUCCUGCGGAGACGCCGGAAGCCAGCCAAAGGGCUUGGCCAAUGAACUACACACCGACCUUGCUUCAGUGUUGGCCCUUGAAUGCCAAUGUGCAGCCAGCCUAUUGCAAGUCGCAUCCACCGGUGACAUUGGAGAAAUCCACACAUGCAGGGCGAUGUCAAACCUUACACCUGGUGGAUCUGCCGGAAGCAGAGUCCUGUGGCCAGAACUGUGCUGGAAACCUACUUUGUUCCAGCUGGCAGGAGAGGUCCGAGGGGAGGAGAGGCCUCAGCUGCUACCAAGGACUUGGUGAAGCUUGUUUUGGGUCGGAGGGGCCCGAAGUAGUUGAUGCGGGUCGGCUUCAACAUGGGCAGUACCGAGUCAUUGCGGAGUUGAAAGGGGUGCAGCUCAUGGGCUUGUCCUUUGGCUUUGCUGCUGGGUCACAACAGGAGCAGGCCAUCAAACGCUGCCGUGAUAUUUGCCUUUCUCUGCUGCCCUGCCAGGCCUGGCAGUACUCCAGCGAAGCCGGCUGCUACCUGGAGAAUUCAUUCAUCCAAGCCAUGCCAUACCCCCCAGUGGUGCAGAAGGGAAGCAGCUUCGCCCAUACGGCUGUGGCGGGCGAAUAUCUGCAACGUCUUUGCAGUGGAUAUCUCAGCAGAGUUCGAGGGGAUGCGCAAGAUGCGGAAGUGAAAAAGCAAGCUGCCAUGAUGGUGGCAUAUGAUGACAAGGAGACGUCUCCGCAGAAAUCUGAAGGUGCUCCGGUCCCAGUGGUGGUGCCUAGCAGCGCACCAGCAGAAGAGUCAAGUCGUCCACAGGAGUCUUCGGCUGUGCCGGUUUCCCCAUCCACUGAUGCGAUGCUUCCGCCCACUCUUCCACCAGCCACAGGGGCAGCUGCUCCACCAGCCACAGGGGAAGCUGCAUCUGCAACGGCAGCUGCAGGUAUUGCAGUGACACCACCAUCACCCGCAGGCGCCCCAAAUCUGGCCCCGCAACCCAUGUCGGUGCCUACCGUGGCACCACUGAAGCCAGCUCCGGUGGCCACCCUGGCACCGGUUCCCACACUGGCACCUGUGGCAACUGUGGCACCAGCAGGGCCAGCAGGGCUGCCUUUAACGCCUCUGCUUCCAGUGGCCAGUGCGGGCCCCUUGCGGUUUCGAGAGGGCGCUGACGCCAAGCCGGUGCCACAAAGCGGUGGCGCUGCAGCAGAGCUGCAGGGAGGUCAUGGAAGGAGGUCUAUCUCGGACUGGCUGGUGGUGAGCAUGGGAGUCUUUGGCUUGGUCAUGGUGUGCAUUGCAGCCCACUUCCUUCGGAGCAACGGGUCCAGACGGAAGGGCGUGAGUGAAUCUGACAGCUCUGACCAGGAUUUCGAUACUGAACGCUUUGCUGAUGCACCCUUCA